AUUGAAACUAGGCUACAUUUUCUCCAUUCAAAGAACUGAAUCCUGCCAACUCUUGUCAACAGUAUCUUGGGUGGACCACACAACGAAAUUACCAUAAUGGCGUCCAAGGUCCCAUCAUCAGAAAUGAAAGGCACCAAAGGCACAAUUCUAAGUGAACUUCUCCCUGAAGGACAUCCUGCACGUUGUCAACUAAUAACAGAGAAGGAAAGUGUGGAACAGGAAGAUCACCCCCGUGCACGAUACCAGCUAAUAACAGAGAAGGAGAGUCUGGACCAAGAAGAUAAACUCAGAAGAUGUACCUUUGGAAAGAGAGAUGACAUGAAGGUGAACAAAACCAUUCUGAUAGUUGGAGAAACAGGAACAGGGAAGUCCACUCUGAUUAAUGCCAUGGUCAAUUAUGUCCUGGGGGUGGAAUUGAAGGACAAAGUCUGGUUUGAGAUUGUUGAACAGGAGAAUGGAGAGCAGACUGAAAGUCAAACUACAGGAGUCACUGUAUAUGAGGUAUUUGGAUAUGAAGGCAGGAGAGUCCCCUACUCUCUCACCAUUAUCGACACUCUCAUCACUGGAGACACAGGAGGAAUCCAAAAAGACAACAUAAUCGCCGAAAAAUUGCUUGAGUUGUUCAGGUCUGAAAAAGGAAUUCAUCAAAUUGAUGCUGUGGGUUUAGUGGUGAAAUCAACUAUAAAUCGUCUCAAUGAAAGACAGAAGUACAUCUUUGAUGCAGUUCUAUCUUUAUUUGGGAAAGAUAUUGAAAAAAACAUUGUGGCUCUUCUGACACAUUGUGACGGGAAUCCCCCAAAGAAUGCGCUAAAAGCCAUUACUGCAGCAAAGGUUCCCUGUGCCCAAAAUGAGAAGAAUCUUCCUGUACAUUUUGUGUUUAAUAACUGUCAAUGUGAACCCUUUGAUGCGGAAUAUCAGGAACGUCUGGAUUAUGACCACCUUCAGGAGCAGGCCUGGAAUCAAGCAUUAAAAUCCAUGGAAAGGUUUUUCACAUUUUUGAAUAACAUUGAAACAAAGAGUGUGGUGAUGACUGAAGAAGUUCUGAGAGAACGCAAACAGUUGGAGGCUGUUGUUGGCAACUUACAGGAGAGGGUUAAAGAGAUUGAAGGAAAGCAAAUGGAAAUCAAAGACACUCAAAAUGCCCUGGAGAAACACAAGAAUGAAAUGGAGGAAAACAUGAAUUUCUCAUAUGAAGUUGAGGAAAUUUACAAAGAUAAAAUCUCAGUAGAUACAUCAGGGAAUUGGUUUCUUUUCAUUGAAGGAGCGACCAUCUGUCCAGUCUGUGAGGAGAACUGUCACUAUCCAGGCUGCUGGUGGGUUUCUAAUCUCUCCUGGUGCAGUGUGAUGAAGGACAACCACUGUACAGUGUGUACUAAUAAAUGCCACUACACCAAGCAUGUCAAGGGAAAUGUAAGGUAUGUUCUCAAGACCAGGAUGGUUACCAGGACAUAUGAACAGUUGAAACGCAAGUAUGACAUCAGUGAGAAAGGUGCUGGGGAGAAAGAGAAUGUGCUCAUCAGACUUCAGAAGGAACUGGAGGAGCUCACAAACACAAAGGCCUCACUUUUGGAGGAAUCAUACCAGUGUCUCAUCAAUCUGGAGAAAAUUGCCUUGAAGACCAUCUCACUGUCCUCUGCUAAACAUCUGGACUUCCUGAUUGUGAGGAUGAAUGAGACAGGAGACGUGGAGAAGGUUAAGAAACUGGAGGAGCUGAAGAAGUUAGCUGAAGAGUAAGUCGAGGAUGGGUAUUUCCCGAGAAUGAUGAAUUACAUUGAGACCAUUUUAAUACAAAACUUUUGCAUUCAGCUUUAUUCAUUCAGGGCUGUAGUCCAUUGAGAUAUUUAUUCAUUCAUCAUGGUCUCAUUUGCAAGAGUGCCUUGAACACAGUAAUGCAAAAAACUCAACCAAUAUCAGGUGAUAGCCUUGACAAUACAAAAUAUUAUUUCAACAUUACAAUUUUAAACCACACAAUUCACAACACAACAGUGAGGAAUGCAGCCACAUUAAGAUGGACAUCAGCAACGUUGAUGUGGAGCUGUUCUCUCUGUCAUUUCCUGGAAUCUGAGUCUCCUGUUUGACUUUCCACCCACUUGAAGUCAUGAGCUUCUGCUCCCUGAUCUACUUGCCCCUGAUCUACUUGUCCCUAACAGGGCCGGCUUCAGGCAUAAGCAACAUAAGUGGUCGCUUAGGGCCUCUGACUGCUAGGCGGCCUCAACAGUUAGGGGAGAGGGGCCCCAAACUGAAAUUUUGCAUAGGGCACCCAAAAGGUUAGUCGGCACUGGUCGCUGAUGUCCCUCAUCUAGCUGUCCCUCAUCUACAUGUCCCUGAUGUACCUCAUCUACAUGUCCCUGAUGUACCUGAUCUACCUGUCCCUCAUCUACAUGUCCCUGAUGUACCUUACCCUGAUCUACCAGUUCCUAAACCAACCUUUCUGUACUUGUCCAACUGCAGGUAGUCUGAUUAAUGAUGUCACCAGAACUGUCAGGAUAGAAGACAGUACCUUCUCUAUUGUUCAAGGAGAUGAAUGAUUGAUUUAACAGCACACGCGGUGCCAGUGUUUGAUUUAGCAUCCUAAGCUCCUGACCCCACAUGACCCUUAGUGACAGGGUUCGAAUCCCGGCUUGGCUGACUGUCUGUCUCCCUCCACAUACAGUUCUAAUGAGUUUCUCCCUCCUACUCUCGUGUCUUUAAAAAAUAUGUAGUACUAGUAAAAGUAUGUAUAAUACAAAAAUAUUAAGU